CGCAUUUGUGUCCACCCUGACUAUGGCCGUCAAGGUGUUUCUACCAAGAUUCUAGAGUUAUGUCUGGAUGCUGGCAUCAAGCAGGGCUUCACAUUGGCCUGUGCAAUAAGCGGCAACCCCUUCAGUGAGACGACAUGUCUUCGUCUGGGGUUCCAGAAUACCAGAACACUCGAUGUAAACACGCUGGAGAAAGGCCUCUUCGACCUCUCCCGUAUGAACUACAAGAUAUUCAAAUUUUUUACUAAACAUCUGGGACCUGAGACAAUAUUGUCAUCUAAGUUAUAAGUUAUUGUCAUCUAAGUUAUUAACUAAUCAUAUGUACUUGCCCCCUUCUAUAUACAUCUGAAGAAAUUAUAGAUGUUUAUUACAUAAAUGUGACUCCUCCACCUACUUGUAGGUCUUUUUCACAGAAUGAUUAUUGUUCUCCCUGCUCAUAGGUAACGCAUCUUAUGAUUAGUUAGGAGUAAAAAUAUUUUUUCCCGAUUUUACGCAAAUCCAAUGAAGCAAAGAUACGUUUGUUUUUUAUCAUCUUCAACAAGGUAUGUUUAGUUCAUUGAUCUAAUUUGAAUUAUUCAAAGGUGUUGAAUAACAUAUUGGAUGAGUGUCGCAACAAUCAUGCAGGACAUCAUAACACUGUGACAGUCUUCGUGCUGGACGUCAUACCACUGUGACAACCAUCAUGCAGGACAUCAUAAAACUGUGACAACAAUCAUGCAGGACAUCAUAACACUGUGACAACCAUCAUGCAGGACAUCAUAACACUGUGACAACCAUCAUGCUGGACAUCAUAACACUGUGACAACAAUCAUGCAGGACAUCAUAACACUGUGACAACCAUCAUGCAGGACAUUAUAACACUGUGACAACCAUCAUGCAGGACAUCAUAACACUGUGACAACCAUCAUGCAGGACAUCAUAACACUGUGACAACCUUCAUGCUGGACAUCAUAACACUGUGACAACCUUCAUGCAGGACAUCAUAACACUGUGACAACCUUCAUGCAGGACAUCAUAACACUGUGACAACCUUCAUGCUGGACAUCAUAACACUGUGACAACCAUCAUGCAGGACAUCAUAACACUGUGACAACCUUCAUGCUGGACAUCAUAACACUGUGACAACCUUCAUGCAGGACAUCAUAACACUGUGACAACCUUCAUGCUGGACAUCAUAACACUGUGACAACCUUCAUGCAGGACAUCAUAACACUGUGACAACC